AUGCGGCGGUUUAUGACUAGCCACCUUGCACGUGCCUGUCCCGUGUUCUCGACCCGAGACCCCUGCUUACUUGUGAUCGUGCCCUUUGUACUGGAGGGCGAGGUUUCGGUCAUCAGCAGCCGCACUAUCGUCGCGUUUCUGGACUGGCAUGAGACUUAUGUGCGGGCAGCGAAGCACACAGACGAGAGCCUGAGUGCGUUCGACACUGCCACACGAAGGCGAUUCGACGGGGGGGGGCUUCCCCGAGAGUACUCUGCUGCAGUUUACGAGAACGCGCACAUCCGCACCUGCAAGAGGCCGUAUCGGGCAUCCAACCACCGGGACCUGCGGCGGGUGAUCGCACAGCACAACACCAUUCAAGCGCUUAUGACCCGCCUCCCUACCAACCUCGAGGGAGAUCGGAAGUACAACACGGCGUUGCGCUGGGCCAUAGCUGCUGGUGUGCCCCAGCUGUGCCGCCAGCACUCUAGGAUGCACAGCGCGAUCAGUGACAGGGAGCAGGCGCCACUGGACCUGUAUGCAACAUACGACGCCGCGAUCCCUGGAGGCAUCGGGCCCUAUGCUUACCUAGCAAGACUCUACGGCUACAUCGCUUUCCCAGCAUGGGUCCACACCGCACUCGCCCUCCCCGCCAGCGAGAUGGACUACACCCCGAUCAGGCCCCACUACGCCCGAGCAUCCGCCUCGCACCAUGGCGUACCUGCGUUCUCAUUCAUUGAGUAUGAGAACGGGAGCGGGGAGACGGUGUAUGGCCGCGUGCACCUCCUUCUGACGCUGACGAAUAACAGCGAGGACGCUGACCCCGCGGGAGAGGAGGUGGCAUUUGUGAGGCAGUGGUACCCCUCACAGGUGGACGAGUGCACGGGGUGCAUGAGGAUGCGUCCGUCCGACGACGAGCUAAGCUAUGACUUUGUGCCGGUCAUAGCUGUGCAGAGGACCGUGCACAUGUCCGCCGGUUCCGCCGGCGGUCAGAGCGGAGGUCCUGGCGUAAUUUUCGGCGGUCCCGGCGGUCGCGGCGGUUCCGGCGGUCCUGGUAGGCCUGACGGAAAGCCGCCGCACGGUCCUCCGCUGAACCUAACGGCCGUCGGGAAUCUGACGGCCGAUGUUGGCGCGCAGCUCGCCAACUGCACCGUGGAUCAGAAGACCCUUAGCGGCAGCUUCCACCUCGCCGUCUUCAAGAACGCGAGCGGAAAUUACAAUCUUCUGGUCGAGGCGGUGCUGGUGGACGCGGCGGGCGGUCCGCCCGACUCGUUGGCGAUGGUGAAGGGCACUGUGUGCGACGCCGCCGCGACGGUCGUGCUCGCGCUGCCACUCGCCGCGGCGGACUGGCAGCAGCGCGCGGGGUGGUGGCUGCUGCACGCCGGAGGCGCGCCUCGACGCGUUCCUCGAGAACACGGAUGCCGCCACCCUCGACGCGCUGCUCGCCGUGCUCCCCACCGCCUCGCCUCCGCCCACCAGCGGCGGCGGCGGGCGCAACGGCGGAGGCAGCGCGGGGGGCGCACGGAACGGGCAGGGCGGGAGGCGCAUGGGGCGGGAGCUGCUGAUGCGCGCAUUCGGCCGCGCUGCCAGGCCGGGGGGUCAGAAGGAAGGGGGGCAGCAGCAGGGGGGACAGUAGCAGGGGGGAGCACAGCAGGCGCCUGCAGUGAGCGGGUAUGCUGUGCUGGCGGGCAUCAACGCAGCAGGUGUGACGUGGGGCGGGCAGCUCAUGGGCGCCAAGAUGCCCGCCGCUUCUGCCGCUGGUGGUGCUUGAUGCAUCAUGUCACUGUGGGUCUUGUCAGUGGGGGCCAAGACGCCCGCCGCUUCUGCCGCUGGUGCUGCUUGGUAAAGCGAUGGUUUGACAGUCAUUGCUAG